UGCGGCCUUCUGGAUGCUUAUGCAGGAGAGCCCCAAGUACGUGCUGGCAAGUGGAGAUGAAGACCAGACGAUACAGAUCUUGAGAACUAUACACAGGUUGAAUAAUAGCAGAAGGAAGGAGGAAUUGCAAGUAAAAGAGCUGCUGUUGGAGACAGAUGAUUCAGAGAAGAAGUCAAGUGCGAAAGAGCAAAUAGUGCCGCUGUUCAAGAAGCCAUAUUUGAAGAGCACGCUGAUCAUGGCCAGUCUGUUCAUAUUGUUCCAAAUCAUUGUGGCCUUCAUGGUUUGGGCACCAACCAUCUCCAAUCAGCUGAUGACGCUUCUGGAGACAGGCAAAGGUUCGGACCUCACGCUCUGCCAGGUCAUUGCUACUCAGAUCGACGCUGAUCUUGAUGCAGCACCCUGUUCCAUUAACAGCACCGCUAUGCUGCUUCUCCUGGCCAUGUGCUCGCUUCAGUCUGUCUACAACACCCUCCUCAGUCUGAUAGUGGAUAAAGCAGGCCGCCGCAACACAGCCAUGAUUGUCGCCGCUGUGUGCGGUUUGUGCGGAGUCCUUGUCAAUUUGGUCCCUAACACUACAGGCACGGCUAUUCUGUUUGUGAUAUUCUCUCUGGGAGCUGUCACUAUGGGAUUCUACACUGCUAUUGCUGUUACACUGUUCCCUACAAAACUGAGGACCAUGGCCAUGGCGAUGUCAAUGAUUGGCGCUCGGUUGAUGAGCGUUGUCUUCAUUCAGAUCAUCAACUACCUCCUCGUCAACUCUUGCGAGCUGGGAUUUUACCUCUUCUCAACUCUUUUCGCUUCUUCAGCGUUGAUAUUGGCCUUGCUACCAGACGACCGCCGGCUGCUAGCACCACCGAAACCCAAUCCCGAGAUCUUGGAUGACCAACAUGAACUGAGGACAUCUUUUCAACGACGAUUUUCGUGAGGCUAUUUCAACGGCCUAGCCAAAAUUUGGAUAAAAGAAGGCCUCUUUGAGAAACGGUUGACGCAACCCUUCUGUCAAUUAGUUGAACUGAUCUAAAAUUGAUGGCGAAAUUUGCUCUUCAGUAACAUCAUCACGUUGAUACCCUCAUAUAGUCAAAUUGCUGUUGAAGUUACAAAUAUUGUUGUCAAGCGUUUUUAUUACAAAAUAUUAAAGUGCAAAGUUGUUACUUGUUUGUUACUGUUUUUAAUUGCUUUUGUAAAAAUAUGUAGGUAUCUAUAAAAUGAACAAUAAAGAUCUGUAAUUAUU